AUGCCGAUUCCCUUCUCAUGGAUAGGCGGCGUUGAUGCCUCGCCUGGUCGCGAGAUGACCACUGGUGAUCGAGAGUGGUGGGAGUCUCACGGCCCUUGGUUGGAGAAGAACAAGAAGGCCAUGAAACUCAAGGACGCUGACUGGAAGUUGAGAGACGAGGUAAUGGCCAAGGAGGUGCCUCGCAAAGAAGACGAGGGCUACGAAGUCUUCGACUUCAUCUGCAUGCGGAAGCCUCGGGGCCCGUGGGAGGAUCCAGAGCCAGAACCACCAGCGGGCAUGAACCCCGUUGGCAAGCUUGCUUCCCGCUUCCCUGAUCACAAAUGGGUUGUUUCCCUGCUCGGCCAGGAUCGAUCCCAAUGGUGGAUGCUCGAGGGCAUGAAGCGUGAUCCGGAUGAGUUUGGCAUGCACAUCUACAAACACUAUGGCAACUACGGGAAGUUUGAGGUCAUGGAGAACAUUUUCCUUCACUUCAGCACGGUGAAUAAACCCUCGGUAACCUACCGCGAGCUCUGGCCUGAGGUGGUAGGUAUUACACUGACUAUUCGCAGUGAUGUGUCCGACUUCGUCAAGCACGACCUAUUGAACGGCACUUCGCCAAUCCCUAACAUCGGCCUCAUGGUUGCGAUAUUCGUCGAAUGGGGCUGGCAGCUAGCCAACGACUUCAGCAUAUUCACGAAGAGCGCCUCCUGGAUCCAUGUCGUCGUUCCGAUGGUGGAGGAAGCCGGGAUCACAAUGAAUGGGCCAGACGAUUUUGAAAAACUCCUUGAAAAAGUCAAGAGCAACGCCGGUGAUCUGGGAAAUGCCGAGGCGAAAAUGUGGAAGACCCCGUGGAGUACCAAAGCCGCGUCGUUCAACCGUAAGCAUGCUUCAUCGAGCUCUCGCACCGCCAAGGCGCUCGGAGGGACACACUACGACAUCACCUUGUUCAGUGCUGCAGAGCGGAAAAAGCACUCCCUCAGGUAA